GUCCGGCCGCGGACAGCGCGGAGCUUGCCCUGACCUGCCCUGCCCUGCCCUGCCCCGUCGUGUGUCUCCGGCUGUGGGCGGGCGGGCGCGGCGUGCCCGGGUACUGCGACGCGGGCUCUCCGGGUUGUGGAAAACAUUUAAUGCCACCAAUGAAUGGCUUGAUCUUCACUCUCAGCUCCAGAUGACCUGUCCCAUUGUUUGUAAGGAUGUCAUCUAUUACUGAAAAUGGAGAUGUUACUGCUGGAAAGCCAAAUGAAGAGAAAACAUAUAAAAAGACUGCAUCCUCGGCUAUUAAAGGUGCUAUCCAGUUGGGAAUAGGUUACACAGUAGGAAACCUUACAUCAAAACCAGACAGAGAUGUUCUUAUGCAAGACUUCUAUGUAGUGGAAAGUGUCUUUCUACCAAGUGAAGGGAGCAAUCUUACCCCUGCUCAUCAUUACCCUGACUUCAGAUUUAAGACAUAUGCACCUCUUGCCUUCCGCUAUUUCAGAGAACUCUUUGGUAUCAAGCCUGAUGACUACUUGUACUCAAUCUGCAGUGAACCUUUAAUUGAAUUAUCCAACCCAGGUGCCAGUGGGUCCUUAUUUUUUGUAACCAGUGGUGACGAAUUCAUCAUCAAAACAGUUCAACACAAAGAGGCUGAGUUUCUUCAGAAGCUCUUGCCAGGUUAUUAUAUGAAUCUGAACCAGAAUCCAAGGACUCUUCUUCCCAAAUUUUAUGGGCUGUACUGUGUUCAGUCAGGAGGCAUUAAUAUUAGAAUUGUUGUAAUGAACAAUGUUUUGCCACGAGCCUUGAAAAUGCAUUUCACAUAUGACUUGAAAGGCUCCACAUACAAACGGAGAGCAUCAAGAAAAGAGAGGGAGAAGUCCAGCCCUACAUUCAAAGACCUGGAUUUCCUGCAAGAUAUGCAUGAAGGGUUGUAUUUUGAUUCUGAAACACACAGUGCACUAAUGAAAACACUACAGCGGGAUUGUCGAGUUCUAGAAAGUUUUAAGAUCAUGGAUUACAGUCUGCUUCUGGGAAUCCACAUAUUGAACAGUAACAUGAAAGAAAAAGGAGAAUGUUCCCAGAGUGCAUCAGACACAAAACGCCAUGGAGGGCAGAAAGUUCUCUAUUCCACAGCCAUGGAAUCUAUACAGGGCCCUGGGAAGUCUGGAGACUCCGUCGCCAGAGAGACAGCAAACACAAUGGGAGGUAUUCCAGCAAAAAGCUAUAAAGGUGAAAAGCUGCUUUUAUUUAUGGGUAUUAUUGAUAUUCUCCAGUCUUACAGGUUAAUGAAGAAGCUGGAACAUUCCUGGAAAGCUCUUGUUUAUGAUGGGGAUACUGUUUCAGUUCACCGGCCAAGUUUUUAUGCAGACAGAUUUUUAAAGUUUAUGAAUACAAGAGUUUUCAAAAAAGCUCAAGUUUUAAAGCCUUCACCUUCAAAGAAACGGUGCAAUUCCAUCACAGCCCUAAAGGCAGCAUCACAAGAAAUUGUGUCUGCAGUUAGCCAGGAGUGGAAGGAUCAGAAGCAUGGUAUUCUUGCUGAAGGACAAAGUUAUGCCAGCCUUGAUGAAGAAGUACUAGGUUCACACCACCGGCCGGAUCUAGUGCCAAGUACUCCAUCUCUGUUUGAAGCUGCUUCCUUGGCAACCACACUUUCAUCUUCUUCCUUGAAUGCAAAUGAGCACUGUCAACGUGAUCCACCUACACUCUAUUCUAGCAGUAAAGGGUUACCUUCGAGUUCAACAUUCACUUUGGGAGACAGUGCCAUCUAUUUGACUUCAGAACAGAGCACACUGGAAAUGGAAAAUGAUAAUGCUUCAGUUUUGGAUGUGUAUUUAUAAUGAAUACAUGAAGGGUAAAACUAAGAGAAGUGACCAUGGUUAAUGAAGAGCACUUUCUACACUCCUCAUUUAAGAAGGAGGAAUUUGCUGAGCCUAAUAGACAAGGAGUAAUAAUCAACAGAACUUAGAAUUCCAAGAAGUGCCAGGAUCUUUGAACCAUAGAAAGGAUUGAUGGACUUGACAAAAAUGACAUGAAACAUUCCACACUCUGCUGUCAUCUGCUGUUGCUUGUUAAACUGUGAAGAACUGUAUUCAGGCUGCUUUCUACAAUAUUGCAAAUCACCUUUUCCGGACUUUAAAGUGGUAUUUUCUUAUCAGCCCUGUAGUGGUUUCAUUUGCAUGCAUUCUUUAACUAUGCACAAGCAAAAUCUAUUACCUACUUUACCUAUUUAAAAAUAAACACAAUGGUGAAUAAGAUCAGUUUUGUUUUUUU